AUGAAUCCAGAUCAGCCAUCAAUUGGCGAACGCAGAGGUCGUCGACUUGCGCCACUACAGACCAAUUUCAGUCGACCAGCUGCUCAAAAACGGGCACAACGCCCUCGGCCAACCGAGUACCCAAGUACCAAUGGAUCAGAAGGUCCCGUUCCGCUCCAGGGCCCUGUUAAACGGCAGUCCUCCAAAACGAGUCUGCGCAGUCUCUUUGGUCAUAAGUCUUCACGCGCCGACCCCAAAUUGGAGGAGAUUAUGGAGGCACAGCCGGAACCUCAAACAGCCAUUCUCUCGGAAGCCCCCAUGUCGCCCUCUAUCAUGAGCCCCCGAACUAUAGACUCCAAUCCCACCAUUACCUCCCCGACAAUUACCUCUCCGACAGAACGCUCGCGCGCAACCUUGAAGUCCCCCCGUCCGAAACCCGACCUCAAACAUGCGAACCGGGAACAGUAUGGCUGGAAGCCUCCCCCAUUGUUCCAGGCCUAUCCCCAAUCCACCAAGCAUGACUGCCUCCCGGCACCUGCUCUCUCUGCGGAUUCCAUCUUGCGCCUGCACGCCACGACCGCAAGGAGCUCUACCGACGACAACCCUGCCAACCCGUUAGAGCAGGACGAGGCCGCUGAUGCCGCUCGUAAAAAGCGAGAACAAAAGCAAAGGAAGCAUCUCCGGACAUUAUCUGGUACCAUCAACAAGGUGGACUGGACCCAGAAAAUAUAUGUCCUGGCAACUACUGGUUACAUCCUCCAAUAUGCAGGUGAUGGGAAGCACGACCGUCUUCCGGAGAGGAUGCUGCUGCUAGGGCCCAAUUCUGUCGCAUUUGCUAGUGAUGCUAUCCCCGGGAAACAUUGGGUAGUCCAAGUCUCUCACAAUCCGACAACUGAUGAUUCCGCCGUACCAGAGCCCCCCAAGCCUCGAUUCUCGCGCUUUGGCUUCCACAAAUCUAAUACCCCGCGGUUUUCGCGCAACUUUCUUCUGGUGUUCGACAACCCCGAUGAUAUGAUCAGCUGGUUGGUGGCCGUUAGAGCUGAAAUCGAAAAACGGGGAGGACGCAAAUUCACGCAAGAGAAGCACUCGGAUGAAGACACGAUGCCUCAGCUGCGGUCCAAAUCGAGCGUUCGACAGAUGGUAAAGAAAGAUCCACAUCGCAUUUCCAGUCUUUUCCUUCAACCGCAGGCCCUCCAAUCGCCGUCUGAGGAGGAAGAUGGUCAGUCUGUCGGCGGUGCAACAUGGCAAUCUCGCCGCAGUUCUUAUGUGUCGAUUAAUCGUCGCUCAAUAAUUGGAUCUCGGUCCGGAUCAGUGUCGACUGGCCGAACCGAGGCCACAAAUCCUACCAACGGCUCUGCUUCUAUCGGCUCUGACAUUCGUUCUUCAUCAUUCACUUCUUCGAAUAUACCCAACUCACCGCCAAUAGGCACCGGCGCUUUCAGGCCUGAUGAGCCUCUGCCGGAAGAACUUGACCGAAUCUACACGCGUAGCCCGCCCGUUUCUAGCCAUGGAAAACGACAAUCCUUAUAUAUGCCCCUGCCACCUCAGCCUCCCCCCAUUACCGACUUCACAGAGGAGCCACAAGCGAAUCACCCACCGCCUAUUCCCGAAGCUCUCAUCCGCAGUGCUUCACCUCCAGCGCCUAAUUUCAGUGUUCCCUCGUUUAGCAAGAAAUUCGUUCCGAGAUCUGGGCCGAUCCCUGUCUCUCAUGCCUCUCCUCCAUCAAUCAACGGCUUUUCACGCCGCGCUGACACCGACCCGAAUAUGCCCGCUUUUGCAUCUCCUCAGCAAUCUCCGACAUUCAGCGUCGCUAGUUCGCGCUACACAGAUUCAUCGGAGCCCAGGCGCAUACUACGACCCUCGAAUUCAGAGGAUGCCCUGACCAAAACCAUCCGUUCCGCGCAGAAUGCCCAAAACUUCUCCCGAGCACCCACAACAGCGCCUCCCACCGGCCCUCUACCUGAUCCCAGGGCAUCUUCCCGUCCACUCAGCCUGAUCGGCCGCCCUAGCGUGGGUCGUAAAAGUGUCAAUGCAACCCAGGUCCAACCCGUUUCUCCACCGGCAGAUCCAAUACCGCGCAAGAGAGUCUCCACUGUGUACGCAGACAACCAAGCUGGUCCGAGCAUGUCGCGCCGCAAGAGCAUGCCCGGUCUGGGUUUAACAAUCGGCCCUCCAUCUGCACCACCCCCCAACUGCCCACUCCCUAAGCUCCCCUCGCCCGCCCCUCCUACCGUCAAUACCACUACCCCUGCUACUUCCACCGGCACGAACGCGCCACAGAUGCUAUCCCCCUGGUCUGCAACGUCCCCAACGCAACGGUUCUAUGGAUCCCAGCCAGUGCGGGAUCGCGUCGAAGAUCGGAAGAGCAGUGCUGAUCCCGCAAGUAGUGACCCAGCAAGCAAUAUCCCACGAACUGCUCGACAUUCGAAACUGAUCAAAAGUCCCCUGGUCUAA